UCAUAUGGACUUCCGCGUGAGGGUGAGCUCUUUUGACAAAAAAAAAAAAAAAAAAAACUAAACAAAAAACCGUUGGGACACAGACUCAAUACGACAUUCAGCUGUUUUGUUUCCUGAUAAAUGGAUCGUUUUCAUCAUUUUUCGUGAUUCAUGAAAACCAGGUGCAGACCAUCAUCAUCAUCAUCAUCAUCAUCAUCGUUACAAUUUUGUAUCAAGUUUCCCUUAAGGUGUGUUUAGUGAGUCAGUGUCAGUGAUGGAGGGAGAUUCAGUCACUCUAAACACUGAUCUUACUGAAAUACCUGAAGACGAUGAGAUACUGUGGAAAUAUGGAGCUGAAAAAUCUCUGAUAGCUCAAAUCAGGAGAGCUGCUGGAGUCUUCUCCACAUCUGAUGUUCCUGACGGUAGAUUCAGAGACAGACUGAAGCUGGACAGACAGACUGGAUCUCUGACCAUCACAAACACCAGAACUGAACACACUGGAGAAUAUCAACUAGAGAUACGUCGAGCAAAACUAUCAUCACAAACAUAUCAUGUUUCUGUCUAUGCUCGUCUUCCUGUUCCUGUCAUAACCAGAGACUGUUCAUCAUCAUCUUCAUCAUCACAGCAGAAUUGUUCAUUGUUGUGUUCAGUGGUGAAUGUGGGUCAUGUGACUCUCUCCUGGUACAAAGGACACAGUUUAUUGUCCAGCAUCAGUGUGUCUGAUCUCAGCAUCAGUCUCUCUCUACCUCUGGAGGUGGAAUAUCAGGAGAAAAACAGCUACAGCUGUGUGAUCAACAAUCCCAUCACAAACCAGACCACACAUCUGGACAUCAGCAAACUCUGUCAACCAUGUUCAGAAGUCCACAUCCAUAGUUGUGAUACAGUUGAAGCUGUGAUGCGAUUGGUCGUCACUGCUCUGAUGGGCGUGGCUUCUGCAGCUGCUGCUGUUCUUCUGCUGAAUGACGUCAGAUCUGCUAGAGGAUAAAACAGAAAGCAGAACGGAUAACAUACAUAUUCUGACAUAUAUCAUAGUUUUAAUUGUAAAGUUUAAAUUAUGUGUGGUCUAAAAGUGUUUAGUGAUGGUAAAACAGAUUUUCCAAUGUUUUCCACUGAAUUCAAUCAGAAAGUGUUCAUUACUGGAAUCUGGUGUUUUAGGAGACAUCUGGUGGCCAAAGCGAUGAACAUUCUUCAUUCUUUCAUUUUCUUCUUUAAUAGGCUACUUAGCAAGUAUGCACUGUACAUUUCUUUGUUAUUUACAGUUGUCAUUCCUUUUGUAUUAAUUUAUGUAAUGUUGCUAUUUUCAUCUUGUUUUAUAAUUGUUUGCAGCAACCAUGAAAAUACAAAUGUAAUAUUUGUCACAUCAAUAAACCAUCCUAGAAUUAAA